UCGAAAGCUGGCAAUCCCAUUUUUUAGGAUCAUCGGAAUUGGUUUCUGCAUAAAGCUUGCUGAUAAAAGUUGGGAUGAGCUAUGAUAGCAGGUGCUGCUUAUAUCGGCAUUAGAAUAGUGCGGUGAAAACAGUGAAAACAUACAGUAGCUGUACCUUUUUUUGGGGCGUCUCCAAAGUUGCUUUGGCUUGGAUCGGCGCAAAGUAAGCCAGUAGGCUGAUCAGUUGUUUUUCCAUCGACGAUUAGAUUGAUUCUUCGAGUUUCCAGAGCUGGACUGCGUGGAAUUCGCUGAGUGGUUGUUCACGAAGCAGCGAUGGAUGCGAUACGAGAAGGUAUGGAGUUUAAUGGAAGAGUGUGGAAAGAACCGCGGGGAUUCAUUAAAAUACUUGAACUGGUGUUCGGGAUCUGCGCAUUCGCGACCACAAGCAGCUUUUCGUCUUUCCUGACUAUACUGUUCACUUGCAAAGACAAAGGAAUGGCUCAGAAAGCAAAGGAGAUCCAUUUUUCAUAUCCUUUUGCUUUGGACACCAUUCACAUCCCCCGUGAUCCAUGCAACGAGACGUCCCCCGUGAUUCCCCUGGGUGGCCCGUACACUUCUUCCGCGGAGUUCUUUGUCGCUAUUGGUGUCCUGACUUUUUUGUACUGCCUGGCGGCACUGCUGUUAUACCUUUUUCUGGAUAAACUAUACCGCGCGCGAGAUAUGGUUGCCCAGACGGAUUUUGUGGUGACGGUCUUCUUCGCCUUCAUGUGGUUGGUUUGCGCGUCGGCAUGGGCGCAUGGCGUGAACGGAGUCAAACAUUGCACUGAUCCCGCCGUAGUCUCCGAGCGAUUGACUUCGACGAAACUGACAGAAAAAUUUCCAUCGUGCAACUCAUGUUUGCCUGGCCAGUCUCCCAACUAUGCCAAUCUCAACAUAUCUGUACUUCUGGGCUUUCUGAAUUUUUUCAUCUGGUGCGGUAAUGUCUGGUUCCUGUGGAAGGAGACCGCCUGGUAUCGUGCCCGUUAUCCUGCUGAAGGCGGUCAGCCAAUGGGCAGUGCGUCGGGACCACUGCCUGCAUCGAACAUGGACAGAAUCUGAAUGGGAAAACACCUGAUGCGCGCAUCCGCUUGACGGUAUGUUGGCCACUUGAUUGAUUGAUUGUCCCGCCUGCAGAGUGAGUCAGUUGAAGAAAGAGUGAAUAUUUCCUUACAAGUUACCAAUGUUUAAACUGAUUGAAUUUCCCUUCUAACGCAUGUUUCGCUAGUACCAUUUUGAAAGCGAAAAGAUCAUUUUGUGUUUGUUCUCUUGGAACACGCAUUGUACUCAUUGGCGAUUAAUUAGGUCGUUUAGGCCGCUUGACCAAACAUCGGUUGUUGCUUACUUGAUGUGCUAAGUCCGUUGUUCACCCUAAUGUGAAACCUACACUGCGGUUGUUCAGAGGAAAUGCUGGUGCAUUGUUACAUAACACUGUUGUAAAGUUAUCUCUCUUUUUAUUCUCUCUCAAUCUUUGCUCUUCCUUCGUAGUUGUUGAAUUGUCCUGAUUGGGUGUUAAAGUUGACAUUAAAAUCAUGCUUAUCCCAGGCAA